AUGCCUCUCUGCGGUGGGUCCAAGACGGUUCAGCGCAAGCUGGUGCUGCUAGGCGACGGUGCCUGUGGUAAGACGUCACUGCUCAAUGUCUUUACGAGAGGCUACUUUCCGACGGUGUACGAGCCUACAGUCUUUGAAAACUACGUCCACGACAUAUUUGUAGACAAUGUGCACAUCGAGCUUUCGCUCUGGGAUACCGCCGGCCAAGAAGAAUUCGACCGGUUGCGCUCGCUAUCGUAUGAUGACACCGACCUGAUUAUGCUCUGCUACUCCGUUGACAGCAAGGACUCCCUCGAAAAUGUGGAAUCAAAAUGGGUCGGCGAAAUCGCCGACAAUUGCCCUGGUGUCAAGCUGGUCCUGGUUGCGCUCAAGUGCGAUCUCCGCGAAGCCAGCGCCGAGGACGAACAAGGCGAUGAAGCAGCCACAUCCGCUGCGAGACACGCCGACGGAACUGUCAACACGGAGCGACCCAAAGGGCCCCUAAUCGAAUACGACAAAGGCCUAGACGUGGCCAAGCGAAUAGGAGCCUCACGGUACCUCGAGUGCUCAGCUAUGAAGAACCGUGGUGUCAACGAGGCCUUUACCGAAGCAGCACGGGUUGCUUUGAGUGUCAAGAAGGAGAGGGAGGAGAACAAGUGCACAGUAAUGUGA